UAGAUUAAGAACUCUCAAAGUCUGUGUGUUAUAAUUAAGGUUAUUUAGACAAAUUAUUUAUCCCAAAGAGGUUGUAGAAAAUUCAAAAUAGGGAGGAAAUGCAACAAUGCACCGGUCUUGAGAUGUACCUUCAUGAAUGAGAUUUCAUAUAUUAACCCACGAUUAAUUACAUGCAUGCACAUUUUGCCCUUAUAUGACUUUCUACGGUUAGGCGAAUAUAGACUAUAUAGUACAUGAAGUAAGAGUCGUCUAUUAAUUCUCAAAGUAGUAGGAAAAACAACAACCUGUACGUGUAUCUGAUAAUUAGGAUUAAGAUAUGAAUUUGUAGUAUAUAUAUACCUUCUUUUCUUUUUGAAGAUAAAAUCACACACAGAAAAUCCAAAUAGGGGAACAGCCGCCGCACUUGCACUUGAUCAUAACUUUCCAUGAUUAAUAUUAGCUCUCAAGUUAUAACCUGCUCAGCUGACAUUUUCCAAUUUGUCGUAGCCCACCAACACUACCAUCAAAUUAAAGCAAAGCUUUGGUGAAUCGAGCACACUACCAUGAAUUAUAACUAAAGUGACAAGUAACACAGAUCUUUGAUCACAAAACAUUAGUCCCUAUAUGUCUCCUGUGGACCAUCGUCAAUUAGCCACUUAAUCUUAAUUAAUCAGGACACAUUGAAUUGUCAAACCAAAACAAUCAUAAUCUAUUAUCUAAUAUGAAGUCAUAGGGGCAUUAGGGUUUGUCUACAGAUGAGGGUAUAUUUGUCAUAUGGCUCAGAAAAAGGGCAGGGUUGUUUUGCUAUCAAAUAGGAGACUAGCACGUCAGUCAGCUUUGAUGUGAUUGGAGGCGACGACAAGAUGGAUUGCAUAUAAAUAGAAAGCUAUCAUUGAAGGUUGGAUUGGAAGAAGGCAACCAAAUCUUCUCACUUAUUAGGUAGAGAAAAAUGGGAAGGUCUCCUUGUUGUGAUGAUAGUGGCCUCAAGAAAGGUCCCUGGACUCCUGAAGAAGAUCAGAAGCUAAUGAAUUACAUACAGAAACAUGGCCAUGGAAGCUGGAGAGCCCUUCCCAAACUUGCAGGGUUGAACAGAUGUGGCAAGAGUUGCAGGUUAAGAUGGACAAACUACCUUAGGCCAGAUAUAAAGAGAGGCAAAUUUUCUCAAGAAGAAGAGCAAACAAUUCUGAACCUUCAUUCCAUCCUUGGCAACAAAUGGUCAGCAAUUGCAAGCCACCUACCGGGUAGGACGGACAACGAAAUCAAAAAUUUCUGGAACACCCAUUUGAAGAAAAAGCUGAUUCAGAUGGGUUUUGAUCCGAUGACCCACCGGCCUCGAACUGACAUCUUCUCCAGCUUGCCACACCUUCUAGCUCUUGUCAAUUUGAAAGAUCUUAUUGACCAAGGCAGCAGCCAGACAUCUUGGGAUGAACAAGCCUUGAGACUACAAGCAGAAGCUGCUCAAAUGGCUAAAAUUCAAUACCUACAAUACCUCCUCCAACCUCAAGCUUCUACCUCAAACAACCUAAGCGAUUUCACUGACAUGGAGACAAUUGGUCUUUUGAAUUCACUCUGUUCAUCAAUCAAAGAUGUUAAUCCAGUGUUUGGUUCAUCGCAGUUGGAAACCUCAGCACAAUACCUUGGAUCAUCUUCGGUGCAGGAUUCAAUCCCUUUCUCUCCUUUGCCUGAUUUGCAAAUGGUACCCUCCUCUGCUUAUCAAAAGGACGUGAUCAUUAAUCAAGCUCCAGAUCAGUUUACAGUGGUGAGCCAACUGGACAACUCUCCCAACAAUAAUUCAUGGAAUAUUCCUUCCUCUUCAAAUACUAGUACUCCCUCUCCUCCUUCUGUGGCGGUUCCUCCUGUGACGGAGACUUCAACAAGCAAUAAUAAUAUGGGUGAUGCUUGCAGCACUACUACUUCAAGCUAUGGAGGAGUGGCUACUAUUUCUGCUUGGUCUGACCUACUUCUGGAGGACUACCCUUUUUUCAAUGAGAUUUCUUAGUUACUUUACAUGUAUGCUUGAAGCGUGAAGAGGCUAGGCUUAGAUUUGCAUUAUGAUCACCACCUCUUUUUACUGUAUGUACUUUCUGAUGAGCAUACAUAUACUCUUUAUUUUAUGUAUAAUCCUUCCAGGGUACGUAAGAUUGUCUAAUUAGGUUUUAUGCUUAAUUACAUGUUCUC